AUGACAUUUCACAAAAUAGAUCGUGAUAGUAUAAAUUCUAUUACAAAUGCACUUGAUUUUUUUCAAGUCCCACCAACAAAUGUAAGUAUUUCCUCUUCGAAAGUUUUUGAAAUUUUACCUAGCAAUCCUCUCACUGAUACCCCCUACCAUUUUAAAAUUCAUAGCAGCCAGAAUUACAUUGAUCUUUCAAAAAUCUAUCUAUUUACAGAAUUUCAAAUAAAAAAAGAAGAUGCCGAUGGAAAAUUAGUAAAAAUAGAUGCAGCAGACAAUGUUGCGCCAAUACAGCUUAUAGGACAAACUUUUAUAAAUAAUAUGCGUAUUAGUAUUAACGGUAGAGAAAUAUUUAAUCCUAAAAAUUUUUUAAAUCCUCUAAAAAUUUUUCUCUAA